CUCUUUAAAUGGUAAUUUGCCUGAAAUUAUUGGAUCAAAUGAAGUUGGUUCUGUGAGAGGAAAUUCAUUAAGUCUUAAUUCAAGUCAGUAUCAGACUUAUUUGGCCAUGAAUGAACGUAUUGAGACAUUUGAAAGUACUCCCGGUCACUUUAGAUCACCAGAUAUCACUAAUAGUUCAUUUGAUUUUCAUGUAAGUAGGCUAUUUCUGGUUAGUUAA